GCAACAGUAAAGCUUGCCGCUGUAAACAUAAAUAUUUAUAUAUAUUUUUUUUAAAAGAAAUUCUGCUUUGAAGUAUUCUUAUAGUUUAAGUAUUGAAGAAAAGUAUUUAAACAAGUUAAUUAUUCAUGUUUAUUAUAAAGCAAAAUACUUAUAUUUGAAUUCUGUUUUUUAAAUUUUAAUGACUGGACCUUUUGAAAAGUUUUAAUGGAAAAGGAAGAAAACUGGUUGAAAUGUUUGCCAUUCAAACCAAGACAAGGAAAGAAAGUAUUUGUCAUUUUUGCUGCUAUCAAUAUCCUCAUAAUUUGGUUAUACUUAUACAAAAGUUCAAAUAUAUCAUAUUUUUAUUAUCAAUCAUCAAAACCAGUUAUCGCCAAGACAGUUCCUUUACCAAUAUACAAUGUUUCUGUAUACCAUAUACCCCUACUUCAGUCAAAAGACAUGGCACCCUUUUAUGCUGAAGUGACGAAAAAGGCAUGGUGUUUCCUUUAUGGCAUUGACCUUAUUGACUCUCAAAAGCGGAAGAAAUGCAUUUGUUUGGAUAACUGGUUUGGGUUAGAUUGUGGCAUUCCCUCUGCAGUUUGGAAAUCUGAUUUUCUACAAGAAGGCAAGAAUGCGAACAUCGAGAUUAGGCGAAGAGAGAAGCCUCGUCGAAUAAUCUCCUCGUUUGUUGUUGAUGAUUAUCAAGACAUAUUGGACAUUAAUGUUUACAACAGCUUUUCAGUUAUAGACUUGUAUUUGACUAUUGAGCAAUCCAAUCAAAAGCUUUCUGUUUUAAAUAGGUUUGAAAACGGACAAUUUGCAGAAUGGCAAAGUAAAAUAAUUCCUUUUCAGGUGAAUGUCUCAAAUAAAUUGGAAGUGGAAGACACUGUAUUGAUGUUGAAGAGUUUAUGGGACAUUGGUUGGAAAAGAUUAUCUGAUUUCCGUCCAGAUGAUAUUUUUAUCUUUCAACGAGCAUCAUCCAUUAUCACCAAAGACGUAUUACUGUUUUUAAAACUCUACGACGGUUUUCCCGAACCAUUUUUCUUCGAGCUUAGGCCUUUGCUUUUUAAGUUUUCAAUGCGCAUGAAAAGCAAUAGCACCGAUGCAAAGCUCGUGCCUUUCCGACCAUUGGGUUGCACAUUUCAGUUUCUUUCUUCCAUGUGCAACUUUGAAGUGAGCAAAUUGUUUUCAAACAAUUGCCACUCUCAAGACGCAAAAAGUUUUGAAAAAAAUAAUUGGCCAUUAAAAAUGUGGACUGUCGGAAGUAUCGAUGCUCCCAGUGGUUGGCAUUGUAAUGUUUGCUGCAAAGACAGUUGCAUAAAAGCACGCCAAACUGAACUGAAAUCAUUUAAUAUGCCAGUUUUGAAGCUCGAAGCUAAUUCGUCUACGGUCGAACGAUUUCUCGAUAAGCUUCAUUCAUUUGAUAGUGGAGGAUUGUCUUUUGAAAAAGUUGUAAAAUCUGACCCUUUCUAUGCUCCAAAUGUAGUAUUAAAUAAUGAAAAGAAAUAUUCAUACCUUGUAGAGAUAGAUGAGAAGUUUUAGUAUUAGUGAUAGAAGCACAAUUUUGAUUGUUGGAUUGGUUCAAGGAAUGUUAAAUUGUGAUGCAUCGUGAUUAUUGUUUAUUGUACAUAAGUAUUUUAUUACUGUUAUACAUUCUAGCUUUGUUGCUGUACUUAAUAUUGCUUUACUUUCUCUUUACAAAAAUCAGCACAUUUUUGUGGUAUGGUGCUUUUUAUUUAUUGUUGAAAAUCAGAGUAUUUUGUAUGUAUUUCAUUUAUGCUAUUAAAAUUUUAUACUUUAAUAUUAAAAAUUAUAAAUUUACGUAUUUUGAUGAAAUGUUAAGAUUCAUAAAUCAGUAAAAUAUGUAAAUCUCUUUAGUUAUGUUUUUUUUUUUUUAAAUUCUAACAUCUAAACUAAUAGUUAUCAUUUUCUUGCACAAAUGUUUAUUUUAUUAGUGCUGGAUAGUUGUGGGUACUUUUUGCCUAAUUAACUAUAUUCUUGGUUUAUAUGUAUUCUUGAUAAAUAAUUGGAUUUGGUGCCAUAAAAUUUAUUCCUUUCCAAUCUUAAAUAGAUAUUUGUUUUUUAAAAAAAGGUAAUUUGUGUUAUUUUCUUGCAUAUUUGUAAAGAAUAAGGAAGAAAUUAUUAAAUCACUUUAUUUUGUUUCUGUUUCUAAUUAAUCAUAUUAUCAAAACAAAAACAAUUGAAAUGUGACUGUUUCCUGUUUCUCAUAAAUUUAUGUUAAUUUCCUUUGCCAUUAUUUUAAGAGGAAAAAACACAAAAGACAAAAUUUAAACAUAAUAAAUAUUAUUGCAAACUGAGAUGUCAAAUAAAUAUAUGUGUAAGCAAAGAAUAGAUUGUUCAAUCACUUUUUCUAGAAUUCUAAAUUUAUAAUUAAAACAGGAAAGAAAAAAAAAAUUCAUGACUUUUUUCUAUUUCUUGUAAAUUUCAGUUCUACUUUUUGCUAAGUUUUAGCGAGAAAUAAAUAUUGUAGACAGUGGUGACAAUUGUUAGUUUAAGCAGAAUUUCGAAUUUAUAACUUGAAGGGAAUAAUAGGCAAGUAAUGUAGGUCUUUAACUAUUUCUUGUAAAUUUAUGCUCUACUCUUUGCAUAUAGUUUUAGAAAGGAGAAACACAAAUGGUUGAAUUUAAACAAAAUUAAUAUUAUUGUAGACUGUGAUGCUAAGUAAAACAAUAUGUAAUGAAUAAAUUUAUCAACUUUGUAACAGCAUUGUUUAUUCUCUAUUUGUCGAAAUUUUUGUAAAAAUAUGCAUGGGGAAAUAAAUAAAUUUUAUUGUUUUAAA